CCAUCAUAUCACUCUCCUCCUGCUUCAUACACUAGUCUGGACUGGCCUGCUCGUUAGGAACAUACCAAUCAUCAAAAUCAUACCCUAAAAUAUAGCUCUCUGGAAGAGCUUCUGAUCAAUACAGCAUUGUGCCAUGAGUCUCGACCAGAACCUGUUCACCCUUCAUGUUAUACCGAACAAAUCCGAUUCCAGUGGCUUGAUACUGGACCUCGUGGACCCCUCAGGGAACGUGCACUACAGGAAACAGCGUGUUCCCGGGCAAGUGUAUAAAAUUGAAGUCUACGACCCAAUAGCCGAGUCUCUGCUGGCUUCUGCCACAGCUCCAAGUGCAACCAGCAAACACAAGACAUUAGAACUUUAUAAUCCAAAUCAAAUAGUCGAACUCAAGUUCGUCGGCACGCUGACUUUCCGGUGGGCAUUCAAAUGGGAAGACCAUGAAUUCGAGUGGAAACGUGAAGAAUGCUUCAUGAUUCGCAAACCGGACCCUCCCGUUCUCGUCGCGGUGACUAAAGAACCCCCUGGCAGAAUCAAAACAACUGCCAUCCAAAUUCUUGAUUAUAAUCUAAAUAGAUUCGACAUCGAGGAUCGGAAGGGUCUGGAAAUCGUGAUACUCACCGCUCUACUCUCCUUCCGAGAUGCGAGUGAUGUCUAUCACGACCCCAACUCUGACACAUCUACUCCCUCAAUUGCCGCUACUACACUUUCUGCCAUACCACCUGCACCAAAGACCCUUUUCGGCACGGCUUCACGCAAGACAUCAGAUCCUACAGUCCUCUCUCCCCCUGCCCCACCUCCAAAACCCGCGCCCAAAACCGGAAUAGAGCGAAUUGUAGAGAUGCAGCUAGCGAGAGGUGAAGUGAACGAGGUUUCAGUUACGGAAGAAGGGAAUGUAGGCGAUUAUGCACGAUACUGUGCUAAUAUGCUUGACGAUGAUGCGAUGCUUUUUAUCACUGUUCGUUCUUUUAGUGCAGCGCAGGUUCCUAAAGUUCUACAGGUAGUUGAAGAGACAAAACGGAUACGACAUAAAGCUGGGUUGUCGGAUGAAUCUGACCUUCAUCAGUACGUUGUCUACGAUACCACCCCAACACCUGGAAAGAAAGGACCUAGGAUCAUCAACCUGGAUGACGACAAGAACAAGAAUAAAGGGAAAGAAGCGGAAAAGUAUACCCCACCAAACAGUUUGGUUGUCCACCUUAGUAAGAUAGACAUGCCCGAGCUUCAGCCGCGGACGGGCCCAAGCUCAAGCGCAUAUAUUACUGGAAAUAUCGCAAGUGAAAUGGAAAGGACAAAAAAGAAAGGUGGUAAAGGGAAUAAGGAGAAAGAGAAGAAGGCGAAA